AUGGGGGAACAUGAGGUGGACUGGGCGGAGUUGGCGGUGGCCAAGGGCAAAAUGAGUGGGCUACUAGGCGCCAGGAGCUGCUUAAGUCCUGUAGAAGCCUCCGACCUUAAGUCCCCCUUGGGCGCCAAGAUCAGAGAACCUCUCACCGAGGCCCGGUUCCAGCAGCUCUUCGGGGGCCCGGAGCAGGAGACGGAGCUACUCGCGAAGCCCCGCUGGUCCCGCCUGUGCAGUCCGCAGAGGCGGCGGGCCUGUUCCGGACCGGGGGCGUGGCGCCUGCUGCUGGCUCGGCUGCCCCCGCUACGCUGGCUGCCCCGCUACCGCUGGCGGGCCUGGCUGCUUGGGGAUGCAGUGGCUGGAGUGACCGUGGGUAUCGUGCACGUGCCCCAGGGCAUGGCAUUUGCUCUCCUGACCUCAGUACCCCCCGUGUUUGGACUCUACACUUCUUUCUUUCCUGUCCUCAUCUACACCUUGUUGGGUACUGGGAGACACUUGUCCACAGGAACGUUUGCCGUUCUCAGUCUCAUGACGGGCUCGGCAGUGGAGCGGCUGGUGCCCGCACCCCUCGGGGGGAACAUGAGCGGAAUCGAGAGGGAACAGUUGGAAGCUCAGCGAGUUGGGGCGGCUGCAGCUGUGGCCUUCGGGAGCGGGGUGCUGAUGCUGGGGAUGUUCGCGCUGCAGCUCGGCGUCCUGGCCACCUUUUUGUCCGAGCCUGUGGUUAAAGCGCUGACCAGUGGGGCCGCGCUGCACGUGCUCGUGUCUCAACUGCCAAGCCUUUUGGGGUUGCCCCUCCCGCGGCAGAUCGGCUGCUUCGCUCUCUUCAAGACGCUGGCUGCUGUGCUGACUGCGCUGCCCCGGAGCAGUCCAGCAGAACUGACCAUCUCAGCACUCAGCCUGGCGCUUCUCGUGCCAGUCAAGGAAUUGAACGUGAGAUUCCGAGACAGGCUACCCACCCCGAUCCCAGGAGAAAUCGUCAUGGUGCUUCUGGCAUCUGUGCUCUGCUUCACCUCUUCCCUGGACACAAGAUAUGACGUCCAGAUAGUGGGGCUGCUGCCCGGAGGAUUCCCCCAACCUCUCCUCCCCAACCUAGCUGAGCUGCCCAGGAUUCUGGCUGACUCACUGCCCAUUGCACUGGUUACUUUUGCUGUGUCCGCCUCCCUGGCCUCCAUCUACGCAGACAAGUAUAGCUACACUAUUGACUCCAACCAGGAGCUCUUGGCACAUGGUGUCUCCAACCUCAUCUCCUCCCUCUUCUCUUGCUUUCCCAACUCAGCCACAUUGGCCACCACCAGCCUACUAGUGGACGCUGGUGGGAACACGCAGCUGGCAGGCUUCUUCUCCUGCAUAGUUGUCCUGUCAGUGCUGCUAUGGCUUGGGCCCUUCUUCUACUAUCUGCCCAAGGCUGUCCUGGCCUGCAUCAACAUCUCCAGCAUGCGCCAGAUGUUCUUCCAGAUGCAGGAUCUUCCACAACUAUGGCGUAUCAGCCGCGUGGACUUCGCUGUGUGGAUGGUCACAUGGGUGGCUGUAGUGACCCUGAGUGUGGACUUGGGCCUGGCCGUAGGUGUGGUCUUCUCCAUGAUGACUGUGGUCUGCCGCACCCAGAGGGUGCAGUGCCUGGCACUUGGACUGGCCGAGGGGACGGAGCUCUACAGGCCACUCAGAAAGAACCACAAGCUCCUCCAGGUCCCAGGACUCUGCAUCCUGAGCUAUCCAACACCACUCUACUUUGGGACCCGUGGACAGUUUCGCCGUAUCCUGGAGGGGCAUUUGGGGCUUGGAGGAGGCAAGCCUGUCAGAGUGGUGGUCCUGGACUGCAGUGGUGUCACCUUUGCAGAUGCUGCUGGGGCCAGAGAAGUGGUACAGCUGGCCAGCCGAUGCCAAGAUGCUGGGAUCCACCUUCUCCUGGCUCAGUGUAAUGCCUCAGUGCUGGAGACACUGACUCAGGCAGGACUCUUGGACAGACUGACCCCAGAACAGCUGUUUGUGAGCAUCCAGGAUGCAGCUGCUCAUGCCUUGGAGAGACUGGAGCUCACUGGUCCAAAGACUUGCAUAGUGUGGGUCUGACCCAUUACUCGGAAUAUGGAGGGCCCCAACAAUAUGUGAGGAAGGCCAUGGCCCCUAAGCCCCAUUACUUAAUAUGACUAAUAAAAUGAAGCUGAGAACCUCUGGGGUUCAUGAAGUGAGUCUGGGUAUCUGUACACGGGCCCCUGGUGCCCCUUUCUCCACACCCACAGCAUUGCAAAGACACGACUAAAAAUGUCUUUCACUUGUGUGUUCCCCAGCUCCAGUCACCAGUUCUUUCCAUAGGGGUGGGGCUGUAGCCGAUGGUACAGAGUCCUGGAUCCAGAGAUAGG